AUUUGGCUAUGGAUUUCCCGGGUCUUUGACGACAACUGUAUCUUCGCGGAAGUUACAAAGCGUAUUGUUAAGCAUUUUCGAGGGGAAUUCUGGCCACGUUGGCAACGCGCUCGCCAACCUCGACGCCAAAAUCACCGCAGCCGUCAACAAAGCGAAAACCUCACCUUGCCCGAUCUCAAGCCUUUCCAUCUCCACCGAGACGUGCCAUUUGUAUGACCGAUUUUCAGCAUUCCUGUUCGUCCUGCGUCUCAAUCUGUCUCUUCGUAUAUUUGCACCAUACAGAUGUAUUCUCGUCUUGUUUUCUUAGGUAUUCAACAGGAUCCCAACGCCCCAAGACCUUGUUGGGGCUGUUUGCUUGUUCCUCCCAUGCGCGCGGCAGAUUUUCGGCACUCCUAACGCAUUGGGACGAGAUGGACAACGGCGAGAUAAACAACGAUAAAAAAGCAAUCCUGCUGGUAUGCGGGCAUAUACUAUGCGAAGAUUGUUGGAGGGAGUUGGUCAAACAGUGGCAUCACCGCCCAGACGGCCAACACAACACACCACCAAGAUGCCCAUACUGCAGAGAGCAGCUACGCUUCGAGCAGUGUGGGCAUAUAAUGCGCCGAACACUCUAUGUUAAUACAGAGGUUGACAAGCAUACAUGGCUCGCUCUCCCGCCAACCAUGACCGAAGAGGGUAGGAAGAAGCCACAGAAGUGCAAUGCCUGCCACGGAGAACAACUGCGUUUCUGCAGGAAGUGCUCAAAGCGCUAUCGAACCCAGAGGCAAGGAUGUGGCCGAAGCCACUGAAGAAAGCGCUCAAGAUACCGUUCUCAGAAUACGACUAUUAUGGCAUCCGAUUGGCGCCUUGAAGCCUUGUCCGCGCAGCGCCAAAUAUCACCACGCUUGUGUUUCGCUAUGUGAGCGUGCGUUGGGAUUUGCCCUCGCAGCCGGGCCUGGAGCGCUUAGAACAGUGGGUCAACAACACAGUGAAGAUAAGGUGCCUUAU